AGAAACUGCUUUUGUGCUGUUGGUGCUUGUGCUUUUUUGUAUUGUAGGAUCAGUACAUAAAUCACAUCAUGAAAGAAACAGGGGUCACCGUUGUCCUAAGAGGAAAAGAUUCAGAGAAUCUUAGCAGUUGUCUCGGUGAAGCUUCACAACAACCUCUACACCUAUACCUCACAAGUAUGCAUUUAAAGAGCCUAGAAGCUGCAAAAGUUUUGGCAGAGAACCUCCUGAAUACAAUAGCAGCAGAGUUUGGUGCUUCCAGAAUUUCUUCUUCAAAAGUAUAUGGUGCUGUUCCACCUCCUCAGCAGUUGUUAACUGGUGUCGAUACCUCAGGAGCAAGAUCGGAUGUCCAUUCUACUUUAGGGCCUAAUGUGUUAGCAGGAGCUUCACAUUCCUUUGCAUCUACUGGAGUUAUUGCUCCCAUUGUUGCUCCUGCAGUGACGCUACAAUCUGGGUCUCCAACAUAUUCUGGGGUUCUACCACCCAAUAACAUGACCUAUCCUGUUCCACCAGUAAAUGGUGGGACAUUUUACAGUGGCUAUGGAGACAUUUAUCCCCAAGCAACUCCAUUACAGCAGGUGGCAUUCACACUCAAACAUGCCUCAUCGUCGACAACUCAGGUAGUUCCAGUAACGUCCACAUUAACAAGCACGGUGAUAAAGGCGAACUCAAGCUUGGAUGUGGAGAUGGAUAAACGUUCCAGAAGGAAAUUCCAGGAACUACCAGUUUCCAAGGCUCCAAUAACAGAAACUCAGAACUCACAACAGGGGCCCAAAUUUGUUAAGACAGGUUUAGAUAGUUUAGGUGACAUUAGCGGUUCAUCAAUUGCACCUCCAAAGAAAGUUCAGCCGGGACCAAAUGGAAUGCUUCUACCUGACCAAGCGGAUAUGCCAUCGCAUUUCUCUCUAUCCAAUAAUAUGCCACCGCCACCCCCAAAGAGCAUGCUGCCUCCAUCCAAAAAUAUGCCACCUCCACCACCCAGGAGCAUGCCUCCACCGCCACCCAAAUUUCCUUCAAAUGAGAUAUUGUCAAGAAAUGAGAGCAAGACUUUCGUUUCAAAGGAGCUGAUGGCACCUCCAAGGGAUACAAGAUCAGUCUCGCCAUCUCAACUACUACCAAAGGAGCCUAAGGAGGAAAAGCCAAAAUGCGCACCUGUAUCUGACACCUUGCUGAAACUUAUGGAUUAUGGAGACGAAGAUGACGACGGCGAUAUUGAUCUCACAGACAGCAUACCUAAGGGCAAUCCAACUCCUUGUUCAGAGCAGAAACCAUCUUGGGCGGUUUAAAAGUGUGUCUGUAGCAGACUGUAGUCUAGUGUGAAAUCAAAUGGCAGAUAUGGAUGUUCCCUGCUCAAAGAGGCGUUGUUCUUGUUCAGUAGCAAUGCUAACAGGCCAAGAUAUUUCUUUGUAUCUUGUAUUCAAUCCAAACUUUGUCAAAAUGAACCUUGGGCUGUUUUUAGAAAUGAUGAUUUGCUGUUUAAGAUUA